CGUCAACUUCCUGUUUCGCCACAGUCUCUCAGUCAGAUCACUUCCGGUUUCACUGGACGAUAGAGGCAGGCAUUUCAUCAAACAGUGCAAGCCCUCAUUCAAUCGAGUAUAAUCUUCCUAAUUUUUUGGAGUUGGAAAUCUUAAAACCGUUUCAUGACGACAGAUCAGUUCAAAGCGUUUGAUCCUUUCGCUGAUACCAGUGAUGGUAUUGGGGGGUCCGGCAUCCAGACUGCCUUGAUUCACAUCCGUAUCCAGCAGAGAAAUGGUCGGAAAACACUGACCACCGUCCAAGGUGUCGACCCCAAGUACGACUUCAAAAAAAUUGUCAAAGCAGCUAAGAAGGAGUUCAACUGCAACGGUACGGUGGUGGAGCAUCCCGAGUACGGAGAGGUGAUCCAGCUACAGGGCGACCAGCGAGAACCAAUCAGGAUGUUGCUAAUCAAAGUGGGCAUUGCAGCGACGGAGCAGAUCAAAGUGCACGGCUUCUAGUCCUGGCUGUGGUGGGCAGCUGGCCGCGAGUCCUGGACGCUGGUCAAGCCUGUCGGGCCUCAUGUACAUUUUCUCUUCUUGACACCUUCUCUGUGUGUGUGUGUGUGAGAGUGUGUGUGUGGAUUGUGACAUGUUCUGUGUGUGUGUGGAUUGUGACAUGUUCUGUGUGUGUGGGAGAGUGUGUGUG